AUUCAAUUACAGGAGUUUGGAACACUAAAGAACACAUUUCACUUAUGAUAAAAGGUGCACAAGUUAUGAAAAUUAUGCCGGAUUCAUAUAGUUUGAAUGUUGAUUGGAUCCCAGUUGAUAUUGCUUCUCAAAGCAUCGUUGAUAUUUCUUUGAACGCAUCUUUUGACAACGAUAUUGAUUAUGUCCGAGUUAAUCAUAUACUUAAUCCAAAGAGAAUUACAUGGGAUGAAUUCUUAAAAUUCUUAAAUAAAAGUGGAAUAGAUUUCAAAAUUGUUUCGAAUAAAGAAUGGUUAAAUGCAUUAUUAAAAACACCAGAAUAUCAAAAUGUGGAUAAAAACCCAAUAGCAGCAUUAUCGGGAUUUUUUGAAAAAGCUAUGAGCGAAUCAUCAAAUAAAAGUGAAGAACCAUUAUUUGAAACCAAUAAAUCAAUAAAACGUAGUUUGGCACUUUUUAAUUGUCAAAAAAUUGAUGUAGAAUUA